UAAUAGUAUGAACUUAUGUAUCUGAUAAGAUAGUAUGAGGGGGAACAUAAUAUGAUACUCUCAUGAGUUGCGGCUAGUAGCGGGGUAGAUGUGAUGAAUAUCUCCAUAUUUUCUCAAGGUCCAUGCGUAUUGCUGUGUUUUUAUACAUCCAUAGUACUAUCGGAAUAACUCGAUUCAUCUUCACAAUAAAAAUAUAUUAGUGUAAUCCAUGUAUACAGAUAUACAAAUACUUAGGUAGUUAGUCAUGGCUCAUCAUCAUUCUUCAUCACUCAUUUUCCCGUUAAUCAGCCGAGAUAAAGAAAGCACGAGCCACACUUUUCAAUAGCUUCUAACGCCACAGCUCUUAUCCAAAACCGCAGAACGUGGCCAGUUCUAUACAAUCAAUACAACAACUCCUGGUAGAACAUCCCGAUUUCCUUUAUCAGAAAACGCUAAGUAUGAGAAUGGAUACUUAACUCACAUACAGAGAGUAUCGGUAAAGAGGAUAUGGUCACUUUAGAACUCAUUUAAUCAUCACCUUUUUGAUUGAGCAUUGAGCACGCCAGAUACACAUAAAGCUUGAAGCUUGGAGCUAGAGCCCCCAUCUCCCAACUCCACUGGUUCGCAGGUUGAUUGUUGAGCUGAAGCACAAUGGGUUCAAGGCUUGCUUGGUAUGCUGGUAUCUCCACUGCUUUGGCGGGUGGAGUAAUUCUUUCCGCUUUUCAUCAGCGCGCAAACUUCUAUUCAGCAUGUGUUUACCUAGCGCAAAGUAAUUUGUGUCUUAUGGUAUGUAGAUUCUGAGCUUCAAGCUCUUGAUCGAUGGGCAUUACUGACUUCUUACAGAUUCUGAUCAAUUUGGUAUGCUCUAACCUAGAUUUCCUAUCGUCACUUUCUGCGAUGUCACCCUGCCGAAGCUUCCGUUUGCUGACAAAUCUUAGAUUCUAUUUGUCUUUUCCAGUUUCAUGUACGGACUUCAACGACUCUGCUACGGCCCUCUUCGUCCCAUCGAAGUCGAACAAUUAUACGAGAAAGCUUGGUUCGCCAUCACAGAAACAUGCCUUGCCAUGACCAUAUUCAGGGAGGAAGUCGGGGCUUGGUUCCUUGUAAUGUUUGUCGCUCUUCUUACCGGCAAAGUCUGGGGAUGGAUCGGUGAUGGACGAGUUGAGAUCUUAGAACAGCAACCGCCUGCCAAUCCGAAACUCUUUCAUAUUCGAUUAUCCAUAUCUUUGGCGAUUUCGGUCUUGUACGAUGCAUGGUUGAUGAGUUAUACAAUUAAUACGGUGAUCCAACAGGCGAGGCCAAAUAUGAUGGUCAUGUUUCUGUUUGAGUUUGCCGUUUUAACCGUCUCAAGUUCUUCCACGGCUUGUAGAUAUAUCAUCUCGGUGAUGGAAUCGAGGGUAGUUAAGAAGCAGACACAAGAGAGACUAAUCGAGAGAAAGAGGGAGGUUAGAGAGGAAAGGGCAGAAAUCAUCAGGCAGAGAGAAAUCGCGCGCGCGGCAGCUGGUGAGAAUUAUCAAGAACCUACUACACCUUUACCCUCCGAGGACGAUAUUGAAGAAAUGGAUAUUGAAGUUGCGGGAUGGGAAGCAAAGGGUCAAUGGGUUUUGACACUUGAUUUGAUAACCGGUGAGCUCAUAUGCGUACUUUGCCUUUUUGCUUUUGCUAAUUUGGAAAUAGACUUCAUGAAGUUAUCGAUCUACUCAUCAUUCUUUUUCAUCCUUUUCACAUUCUACGGUCUACCUAUACAUAUUAUGCGAGAUCUUUUUGUUACGGCAAGAUCAUUCAUCAAACGACUUACCGCAUUUUUAAGAUACCGCAGGGCAACUCACGAUAUGAACUCAAGAUAUGAGGACGCGACUGUCGAGGAUAUUCAGAGGGAAGAUACAUGCAUUAUAUGCCGCGAGGAAAUGCGACCUUGGUCUGUAACAAAUCCACCGGUACCUGCUGGAGCACAACCCAGACCAGGUAGUGUCAACGAACGUACAAGGCCCAAGAAGUUACCUUGUGGGCAUAUUCUUCAUCUAGGAUGUUUGAAGAGUUGGCUUGAAAGACAACAAGUAUGCCCAACAUGUCGAAGUCCUGUAGUAGAAACUCCUCAAAAUGCACAAGCCAAUGCCAAUCGAAAUGCAAGAGCUAAUCAACCUGCUCCCGGUCAACAGGAUGGACCUGCGGGUGCACAGCCACCAGCAGCUCCUGGUCGUGGCCGUGGAAUGCGUAUGCUUAAUCUUGGACCAAUCAGAGUAGGUUUUGGACAAGCGAAUCUUAAUGAUUUUGCCGGCCUUCAAAAUCCUCCAGGAGGUCAAGCAAAUGCCGCAGGAGCAGGACCUAGGGUUUAUGGCCUGGAAUUGGGUAUUCCCCGUAGAGCUCAGCCUCAAGCCCCACAACCUCCUGUGUAUACUGGAGAGCACAUCGCAGUACCACCUGACCAACUACAACAACAUUUAGAAGAACUCGAACAACAAGUCGCCCAGGAGAUUCGAAACUUGCAGUUGGCUCAUCAGCAGCUGUUGGUUGUCCAAUUGUUACAAGGCGAACUAGCAAGACUGAGAAAUUUACAAAAUAACGCCUUGGAUCCUCUGGCCCCACACUUCCCCUUACCGCAAUUGCCCCAGGUUCCCAACUUUCAGAAUCCGCCACAAAUCCCUCCUUCAUCCAGUAGUCGAACAACAAAUCUGCCACAAAUUUACCGACAUGGCGUACGGCCCAAUACCUCAGAAAUACCAUCAGGUAGUGCUGACCUUCCACCUGGAGUUGUCAUACCAGAAGGCUGGUCACUUCUCCCGUUGGAAAGACUACACAAUGCCCAUUCACCGGGCCAAGCAGGAACAUCAGAGACAUGGACAGGACCUGCAGCAACAUCAACAUCUGAUGACCCGAUCAUAGCUUCCACAUCUACACAAAAUGUAGCCAGCCCUAUUAAUUUGGGAGGUGAAGGUUCUAACAAUAGCGCCACACCAAUUAAUACCGAACAAGCUCACUCGCAAGCCGGUUCGAUCGAUUCUUCUGAAACAAACGCCGAUGAUACUCCACCAUCUAUUUCGGCUGACCAAUCUACAUCUACAAUUAAUGCAUCUACAAAUACAAAUCCAUUUGUUAAUCCUCCUAGUUUACCUAACUGGGGUAAUUCACAACUAUUUUCAGGAUCAACUUUGGCGGAUAAUCAAAAUCUUGAUGGAGCUCGUUCACUGUCAACUUCAGCUCCACAUCAAGGGAGUGAAAAUUUAAAUCCUCACGUCUCUCUCGAUGAGAUGACAGGUACUAGUGAAUCAGCUAGUAGUUCAGCGGAACCCAAUGAGCCAAGAUUAGACGAAGAUGGUGAGAUGAGGAGACGGGAAAAAGGAAAAGCCAAGGCGGCAACAGUGGAAGAUACAGUAGAAGAGGAGUAAUGAGGGGAAAUUCAUGCUUUGAGAUGAAAAGUAGAUUGAAUAAUCUUGGUUUCCUUCCGAUAUUCACGUGGUUAUUUUUUAACGUGCAUGAUGCAUAAAGCCAGAGAUGAAGUGAGAUGAAGAUGCAUUUUUGGCGUUCUUAGGAAGGGAUUCUCAUGGAAUUGGAGAAUGGAUUGGCGCAUUUUCUACGUAGUAGGUAGGGUUUAUGGAUAGGCUUAGACAUAAAAGUAGCAACAUAAGCAUAGAUUUAACGAGUGCGUCGCAGCAUUACUUUGCCUUAAUUUUACAUACAUCACCUCUCAUAAAGUUAUCUUUAUGUCUGAUGGCUUGAAUUGGCUUGGCUAUGCUGUGUUGUGUUGUGUCGUGGCAGGAUGAGGAGAUGUAAUGCGAGGAUGGAGAAAGGGAAAAAAUUAUAAGAUUACUUACGUAUCUUUUUUGUAGUAUUGUUUAGUACUGGGAGGUAGAUAGGUGGAGUAGGUAUUUAUAGUAUUCUAGUAUUU